AAUUCGACAAUGAAAGAUUCCUCAUGAUCUCAAAUUCUGAAGUAAUGCUCUUACGAUUUGUAUAGAUCGUGUUAGCAAAACAUAAUAUCCCAAUAAAUUGCAGUACAAAUACAAGAUCUUCAGUAAUGCUACUAAGAUCUUAACGGACAAACUUGUUAACAAUAAUGGUUACAUGGUGUUUGCGACCAAUAAAGAAAUCGGUCUUCAAUUAAUGCCUCUCGACGGUAAUCCAUACAAGGUCGUCGGCAUGACGGGCCAUCCGCAAAAAAUAAUAAGUAUCUCUAUCAGCAACAAUAGAGAAAUGCUUUUUACCGCUGGUUACAACGAUCCAUGUGUAUUAAUGUGGAAAAUCAAACUCAGAUCCGUUGACAUAAUGGCGCAACUAGGUGAAGAAGGACUCUCGCCGUUUUAUUGCCUCAUCGAGGGUGGAGAAAAGGGAUGGCUGGCAAACGAGAUGAAAGAUAUGUUCUAUUAUGCGCAGAUAUUACAUCAGGAAGAAAAUACAACCGUUCCUAGAAUCAUUUCCAAUACUGUGGUUGUCGAGCAGAUUCCAAAUCUUAUGCGAGCUAUUGGAUAUUAUCCGACCAACAAAGAAAUUGAGGAUAUCAAGACAGAAGUAUGCUACAAACAUUACGAUAAAACUGAUAAACUUGUCGAAAAGAUCACUUUUAACGAAUUCGUGCAACUGUUUGUGAAUCAUCGACCCGUAUUCGGACUUUGCAUGCGUAACAUAAAGGAAGCUUUUCGUACGUUCAUUGAAGAGAAUUCUGCCAGUAUGGAAAACCCUACUUUAACGCGAGAGCAGUUUAUGGAUAUUUUAUUCGGUGGGACAAUAUUGCAAACUUUAAUGGAAGACGAUAAGCCGAUCGGUGAACCGUUGACUUGGCAAGAAGCAUAUACAUAUCUCAAGGCACUUGUGUCUCCCAACGAGGAAGUGAUCGAGAUUCAACCAAGUCCAUCGCAAAGAUCCGUGUCCAAUUUCCGUUUUCUCCCGCCGAGAAUAUCUUACAAAGAUUUCACCAUGGACAUCAUGGAUAUUGAAUUACUAGAGGAAACUAUGGCUGACAAUUGAGGAAAUCAGCGUGACAGUUACUUGCAGUACUCUAAAGAUUUGUUUACAGCUACCGCUGUGACGAGGUCCGUUAAACGCAUACAACCGUUAAACUGAAGACAAAAAUUGCGCGCGCGACCGCGUUUCGUUCUGCUAAAAUUUAAAUUAAAAUUAUGACAAGUGUUAAAGGAGAACGCUGGCAGGAUCGUCAGCAACGUUUCGUCGUUUCAUUUAUUCCCAUAAAAAUUUAUGUAAUUUGUACGAAACGAGAAAAUAAUAUAAGACCAUGAUAUAAAUUUGUUUCCUCGUACUUGCUGUAGCAAUGUGUGUUCAAUAAAAUGUUCAAUAAACAUUAAUUAUUUCCAAUAUUAUAUACUUGCAAUUACCGCGCGUUAUUAUUUUAUUAAUCGACAGUUUAAAGUCGAAGGAUGACGUUGUUCGCCAAUAUUUGUAAACUUGUAUUACAAAAAAAUAAAACAGAUAAUUGUACUACCACAUAAUUAUCGUUGACCGGUUUUUUUUUCCGCAAAAAAACUAUUGGCAAAAGGGACGUUUUGACUGCUGAAAGAAUAAGGGGUUUUAUUCCAAAACAAUACCUACAAAAGACUAGAAGCAAGGAAAGAUUCGCCUCCCGAGAGAUACAUUGCUUUAAGGAAGCGCCACUCAAUAAUAUUCGUAUGUCGCCAUCAUUAAAGAAAUAAUCGAUGACGCUUUGAGGAUAUAGUAUUUAAAAAAUUUAGAGUACAACGAAAAAGAAAAAAA